AUGCGCUGGUUCUUUGCCAAAACGUCACACAAGCUGAUUGUGAUGACACUCCUUGCGAUUGUCACGCUGGCAUUGGCAGCUCCACUGCCGUCGGACGACCUGGUGAGCAAGAAGGCCGUAACAGUAGCACCGUCCCUCGCUCAAACCAGCUUUGUUCUCUUGCAGGUGAGCAAGGCCAUCCGCCGGAACACUCGCGGUGACACGCCUGGGCAGAAAACGCCUCUGGGCACUAUAGGUAUCUGCCCGCUUGGAUGCAGGCGCAGCUUGCAAGCCUUGUUCACCGUUCACAACCUCGAGAGCAGAGCUGAUGAUGAGAGCGCAAGCACCAGCGGCACAGCAGCUGAGAACAUCGAAUCUAUUCACCGACCAGCGACUCCUCCUGCACAAGUGACGUGGCACUCUCCAACUUUGCAGAGCAUCACCAACGUCCACGCUCAAAAGGACAUCACCGAGGCGGUCGCUGAAUUUGCCGCAGCCGAGCCCGAAAUCGCUGCGAUGCACAUCACGCACGUAGAGCCGGACGAGAAUAACAAGUACAAAGUCACUGCCAAGGUGCUGGAUACUAAUCGAUUGGUCGACAACAUUCGCGCAGUCCUGUCCGUGGCAUCGACGCACCCAUUGAUCUGA